AUGUCGGGGUUCAGCCGCCCUUGCCCGAGCUGGUGUUUUGCUGGGAGUUUUUCUCACCGCCGGGGAUGGCGGUUGGGGUUUCUGGGUGUUACUGAGCUAACAGUUCCCUCGCCCCGUCUAGCGGCAGUACUGCGCCCGUCGGGGCUGGAUGAUGAUGGAUCCUUGCUGGAGCUGGGGGUUGAUGGUGUUGCUCUGUCUUCUUGUGCCGGGGGCCGCCUGAGCUGGGAGGUCUCCAUCACCAAGGUGGGGACGCAGGGACCCGGCUGGCUGUCCCUCAGCAUCCCCAACGUCACUGACUGGAGCUUGGAGCUCCAGUGCUUCGGCAGUUUUGGGCAGCAACGGGUUAUCACCAGCACCACCCUCCGUGCUUACCGGUUGUCACCCCCCCAAAUUUACCUAGAGGGUGACAUAGUGGCGGGCAAAGAGGCGCGUGUCACCUGCAACACGUCUGCUCAGGUCUCCCCCGGCGAACCCCCAAAUCUCCACCUGACGCUGCAGGGUGAGGGGCUCCCCCGCAGCACCCACCAAGGUCCCUCCGUGGGGUUGGAUUUCACGGCGCGGCCGGAGCAGCACAACCGGCAGUUGACGUGCAAGGCCGUGUUACAGCUCGGGCGCCAUAUGGUCAACGCCAGCACCACGGCCGUGCUGCAGGUCUGGGCCGCCCCCCACAAUGUCUGUGUGAGGGCACAGCACACUGUCUUCACCACCGGUGACAACCUCACGGUGAUGUGCCGGGCGGAGGGGAACCCCCCACCGCGGCUCCGCUGGGAGUUACCCACCAACAGCAGCUGGGAGCUGUGGGACGGCGGCGCCACCGUCACCAUCCCGGCCGCCCAACGGGAGCACGGCGGCACCUACCGCUGCCUGGCCGAGAACCGCUACGGUGCCGGUGCUGCCAGCGUCGACAUCCUCUUCCAAGGAUCCUCCCGCAGUCCUGUGAUCCCCAUAGCCGUAACCUUGGCCGUGGUGAUGGCCGUACUGGUCGCUGUCACCCUCUCCUGGUGGUUUUACCAUGCCCGAGGCUGGAAGCCGAUGCCGGAUGGAUCCCAGCCCGACUAGUCCUGCCUGGCUGGGCCGUACGUGGGAGCCAAGAGAGAUUGUUUUAUUUUUAA